AUGGAUCUCAUGGAGGGCCGGAAAGUAUUGCUCUCAAAAUCCAACGAUUGUGGGCAACGCCUGGAAUUUAUGCAGCAGCCAAAAGAAUUUGUGAGAGCUGUUGGCUAUUGGGCAAAGGGCAGAGCGAAGGGAACCCUGCAGCCGCAGCGAGCAUUCCCGGGGUCCGGUGGUGUAAACUGGGAUGAGAUCCCGCCCAGUGCUCGCCCGGCCAGUGCUCAGCACAGGGUUGGUGGGGCGCUGCGGCCACCUGGCGACCGAAAGUGGGUACUGCAGCCUCCCGGUUGGGGGGAGAUCCGCUGCUGUUACCCGGCGGCCAAAAAUCGGUGCUGCAGCCCUGGCGACGCGCAUGCGCGGUGGCGCCUCCCCAGUCGGCGCUGCCGGCCGCCGUUAACGGCAUCGCGAUCCCGCGCUGCCUGCGGGGUGGUGCGGCCGGGUCCGCUGCUGCCUCCCGGUACGGAGCCGCCGCUGCCGCCCCCCGAGCGCGGUGCCGACGGGCGCUCGGCGCGCAGACCUGCAGCCCGGCGUUCGCGGCCAGCGCUGGCCCCCGCGGCGUGCGCGCUGCAGGAGCAGCACGGCGGCGCGCCGGUUCGGGCCGUGGCGGCGGCGAGGGGGGCCGGGGGCGCGGGAGAGGCGAGCGGACCCUGCGGCGGUGCGUGGGAUGGCUCCUGCCCGCCGGCCACCUCGGGGGGCGGCACGGGGGACUCCAGCCGCCCGCGAGCCGGGUGCGGGCGGCCCCGGAGGGUCCGGGGGCUGAGGGGGGGGAGGCGGGGAAGCAGGAGGCCGCCCCCCGGGCGCCGGCGCCUCCCCGGCUCGCCAGACCCCCCCGAGCCCGCCGCGGCCCCGCUCGCCCCGUGCCGCUGCCCCCGCAUCUGCUGCAGCAUGUACCCCGCAGCCGGGCCCCAGCCCCAGGUGCCCCCGGCGCUGCCGUGGCGGCCGCCCCCCCGGUCCCCCGCUGCCGCUCGGGAAGGGCCUGCGGCAGGAGCGGCUCCGGGCAGGGCCGAGCGGCGCCGGUCACGGUCACUUGUGCUUCUGUCCCUCUGCCGGGGCCGCGCCGCCUCGGGCUGGCGGGGGUUGUCCCUGCCCGGCCUCGCCCCCCGCGGCGCGGGUGCGGGAGGGGAGCGGGGGCACGGCCCGGUGUGGGCAGGAGCUGGGCCGGCCGGGGGGAGGCGGAGGAGAAGGAACCCGAGGGCAGGCGGGCAGCAGCCGCCUCCUGCUGCGGGCACAGAGAGCCUGGCCCUGCGGGGGGGGGGGGGACCAGCCCCGCAGCCCGCAGCAGCCGGGUGCCAGCGUGCACAGCGGGGUCCGUGUGUCACCCGCGGGGUCCGUGUGUCACCCACAGCCUGGGGCGGCCCCCGGUGCGCGAGGGAGCGACGCGCCGUGUCCGGGAGGCCGCGUCUUGCGAGGAAGAGCCGUGACACCGUGAAAGGAUGGGAUAAGAAAACCUGAUGCCCUGAGCACAUCAUUUCCAGAGAAACAUGUUGCCUGUACACCUUCAUUUGGGAGGAGGACAGAAUCCUCCAAUGCAGUCAUCUUAUGAAGCUGAACUGAUGCCGUCUGACUGGUUAUGUAAUAUAUCUGAAGAAAACAAGAAGGCAGAAGUCAGUCUUGAAGCCAUGUUUCAGGUUGCCGAUGAGGUGCAUUCAUCAUGCAAAGCUGAAAAGGUGGAAGUGGCACCUGUAGAGAGCCAGUAUUUGAUCCUGGAGUUUAGUGGAAAUCAGGCACUGCCUGUUAAUAGUUACGCACCUUCUUCAACUGAGGAAAGCCAGCUGGAAUGUCUCACUCCUGUAACUUCAGACACAUCAUUUCUGGUGGAAGCAGAUUGAGCGCUGAAUUUGUCUCCAUUACAGCCUUCUGACAUUCUUUGUGCUGCUGAUACCACUCUGUCUAUAGAAGCUGCUGCUGUUGCUAAAAUACUACAAGAACUUCUGACCACACAGGAAGCAGAUGAAAAAUGGAGCAAAGAACCAGAUCACCGCCCAGCUGAGUUCUCCCUCAUGUUUUUUCAGGAAGAAUUGUUCAGUCCAGAGCAGGAGAAUACUAGUGUUAAAAGUGAAUCCAGGACAUUGGAGACGGAAGAGAGACAAUUCACUUCAGGAGCUGAGCCUGUGAACAAAUCUGUAGAACAGACAGAUUCAUCUGUAAAAUCUUUCUCCAGGAAAAGACACGGUUCAGACACAGGCAACUCUCUCGGGACCUGUGAAUUUUAAAUUUGGAGUCCUUUAUGCUAAGGAUGGGCACCCUACAGAUGGCGAAAUGUUCAGCGAUGUGAGCGUUCCUACAAUUAAGUGGUGUGGAGCUGAAGGGGACUACGAUUUAAUGGUGAUGGAGCCGUUUGGACUGAGUCUUGAAGAUCUCUUCAGUUUUUGUUCAAGGAAAUUUAGUCUCGAGACAGUCCUAUUACUCGCUGACCAAAUGGUAGGAAACUGCUUUGUUGAUCUUGACAGUGCAGUAUGUUGGAAUAUUAAAAUUCCUUGAGAGAUCAGAAUCAAAUAUCUUGUUUCCGUAAUUUAGAGGUGAAUAAGCCUGUAUCAUUAAAGAAAAGACUCAAAAUUGGUUUUGUUUCUCUUAAAUACAAAGUACCCCAUCUAAAGUGAUUACAAAGUCUUAAUUGAUUUUUAAAAACCAGACUCGCGCUGUUUGCAAACCAUCUGUUGCACUGCUCAAAGACAAAAGAAAUUUGCCCGAGAAAGUUUUUGGAAACAAAUGUAAAAUAGACACAGGGAAAGAGCUGGAGAGGUUUAUGUAUUGUCUAUAGAAUUAUGUUCUCUUCAAUGCCCUUAUAUUUUACAAUAAAAAGUUUCAUUACCUCUUUUAUCGUUAAGACAAUGUUGCUAGUGUUUUUAUAAGGAAAAAAGUGUAUGCCUAGUC